UUUCUGUGGAUGGUAAAUUGGUAAUAUAGGGACGACAUUUCAACAACGCACACAUACAGACAGAUUUGUAUACUGAAACCAGAAAGAGAGAAGAAAAUCCAACUUUGAGGAGAGAGAAAUCGGACUGUAUUUCGAAUUGGAAGAGAGAGAAGAGAGAGAGAGAGAGAGAGUGAUAGAGAGAGAAUGGCAUCGUUCGACGCGUAUAGCGUGGACGGCGACGUGUCGACGCCUCCGUUUGGGUACGACGAUUCGUACGCCGCUUUCUCCUCCGCCGACACUCCGCCUUACUCCGGCGCCGGUUACACUGCGGAGUACGGGGAGUCGGAGCAGCUGCCGGUGGAUCACGUGGACAGUUCCGAUCCGUUCGGAGUCGGGUCGAACACCGAGCCUUUCGGAUCCCCCGAUUCGGUGCCGAUCUCGAACGGCAACGGGAAAACGCCCUAUGACAUCAGCAACGAUUCCGAGGGAAUAUUCAGCUCCGACGGACCGAUCCUUCCGCCUCCUGGCGAUAUGCAGGAAGAAGGAUUCGCUCUUCGCGAGUGGCGGCGAAUAAACGCCAUUCGUCUCGAGGAGAAGGAAAAGAAAGAAAAAGAAAUGCGAAACCAAAUCCUCGAAGAGGCUGAAGAAUACAAGCAAGCUUUUUACGAGAAAAGAAAGCUUAACGUUGAGACCAACAAAACCAACAACCGGGAGAAAGAAAAGUCAUCCUUGGCCAGUCAAGAAAAAUUCCACAAAGAGGCCGACAAACAGUACUGGAAAGCCAUAGCAGAGCUCGUUCCAAACGAGGUUGCAAAUAUCGAGAAAAGAGGAAAGAAGAAAGAUCAAGACAACAAGCCAUCUAUUACAGUUGUACAAGGCCCUAAACCUGGCAAACCAACGGAUCUUUCUAGAAUGCGCGGAAUCUUGGUGAAGCUUAAGCACAAACCCCCACCCCACAUGAUACCACCCCCACCCCCACCUGCUCCUGCUCCUGCUCCUGCCAAGGAUGGCAAAACCGUAACAACCGCACCUAAUUCAACGGCAAAAGAGGGGCCCGCAAAAGAUUCCCCUCCGACCGGUGCCCCACCACCACAAGCAUCGGAAGAGGCUAGUGCUCCUAUUGCUCCUAUUGCUCCCGUAAAUGACCAGCCAAGUAGCUAAUGCUGUUAAGUAUCUUUUUAUUUUCCGUAAGCUUUUGUCUCUCGAUUAAUUUUUUUUUGUACUUUAUUUUCGUUUCUUCGGACUUGCUAUUUUGCAAUCAGCAUCGAUGUUCAGAGAUACUGUGGCUGGAUGGAUCUUAGCAGUAGUAUGUUGAGCUUAAACUAUAUUCAUGUUUGUGUACUAUUAUUAUUAACUUGUUUUGAACAUAUCUUGUUAUUUUAAUCUUAUUCUGUGUUACUAUUAUUAUAUUAUUAUUA